AUGCAGAAACGUUGCACAUUCGUCGUGUCAUUCCUGCGCGCACAUGCAAGUGGCCAGCGCUCAGCAGGCCAAAAACUGCGGAAGCUGAGGGUAAACCCGUUCCUGAACACCUUGCAGAGCAACCACAACACGAAGGGCUUGCUUAUCGUUCUGAUGCCACGAGUCAUCGAUGACAUUGGCAAGCUCAUGUCGGUGCUUCGACAUGUCAAAGCCCUCUUGCCGCAGCUCAUGGCCAAACUGACAUAUCCUGGGGUGCUGGGCGUCUUGGCUUGGAGUUUGUUUUGGGGUUUGGGUUUGUAG